UGGAGCUCCAGUCUGCAGCUAGACCCUUCUCAGUUUCUGGGACAAUCUCUCACUCAGGCACUGCGGCCUGAGAGAAUCAGGGUGAGCUGUUGUUACUAAAUUAGCUCACUAGGAUUGUUACAGCAGGAUAUGUAUAGGUGAUGAGCCACGGCACUUCAGUAACCAAUACAAUGUCUUCUGCUACAUCAUCUGGUAGAGGAGCGACAAAGUCAACGAGCUUCGUCCCUGAACUGCAAAACAUGAUGUUCUCUUUGGGUGAUGCACGUCGUCCCUUGCAAGAAACUGCUGUUCUUGUUGAAGACAUUGUUCACACCCAGCUGAUUAAUCUGUUGCAGCAAGCAGCUGAAGUUUCUCAGAUGAGAGGAGCUCGUGUUAUUUCAGCUGAGGAUCUUCUGUUUCUGAUGCGCCGGGACAAGAAGAAACUUCGCAGACUGCUGAAAUAUAUGGUUUUCCGUGAUUACAAAUCCAAAGUCUUGAAAGGAAUAGAAGAAGAUGAACCUGAAGAGAAAUUAGUCAGCGCCAACAACGCAAACAAGCGUCAUAAACUUGCUCAGGACUUCCUCAAUUCAAUUGAUCAGACAGGAGAGCUCCUGGCUUUAAUGGAAGAUGAUGAGAUUGAUGAUGUUAAACAAGAACGGAUGGAGAGAGCAGAGAGACAAACACGAAUGAUGGAUUCUACACAGUAUGCCGAAUUCUGUGAAAGUCGUCAGUUGAGCUUUUCCAAGAAAGCUUCCAAGUUCCGGGACUGGCUGGAUUGUAGUAGCAUGGAGAUCAAACCAAAUGCAGUUGCCAUGGAGAUUUUAGCCUAUCUGGCCUAUGAAACAGUAGCCCAGUUAGUGGAUCUCGCUCUUUUGGUGAAGCAAGAUAUGAGUUCUAAGACCUGUGAUCCCUUUGUGCAAGCUAUAUCUACCACCGUCAUACAAAACCGUAACUCUACUGAGACACUUAUGCAGGCUCCAGCUUUGAAAAGUAAUCCUGACACACCGGAGAACACCCCACCAGCAACUCCAACUCCUCCGUCCUCUGGAGCUCAACAUCUGACCAAGAACCAGACCGGACCUCUUGGAAAUGGAGGGUCAGGUCAAGACUCUACCAAAACCAAGCAAAGGAAAAGAAAGAAGAGCGCAGCAGCCAGUGGGAUAGAGUCGCAGAGCGAUGCCAUCCAGCCCAGCCACAUCAGAGAAGCAAUUCGGCGCUACGGCCAGAAGAUUGGCCCACUCUCUCCAUUCACGAGUGCCUACCGCAGGACCGGGAUGCCUUUUUUAGCCUGUUAAUAUGGAUGUUGUUAAACAAACAGGAAAAGACACAGUUAUAUUAAGGUGAUUUCUUCCUCUAUGAGCCGGGAGGAAAGUUAACAUCUCUUCAUCAGUGAGUGGGACGGUUUGUUGUGACUAAAGACUGCCUGACUGUAUGUCUCAUUUUCCAACCCCCUCAAUCGUUAUUCUUGUUUACUAGCUGGAACAUUUAGCUAAUUAAUGGCAGGAUGUUUGGGAUUGUGUGUAGGUGGGGAAGAAUGCACAUCAUACAGUUUUGACAUUGGCAAUGGGUUUACUUCCAACAGCCUACAGAUGCAAACUGCACCGUCAUUUCUUAUUUUAGGUGGAGUCUUCAUUGCAGCAAAGGGAAUAAGAUCAAGGGAAUUUACAUUUGGUCACUAUUUGCCCACUGUGUAAACAUAAAAUAGUAUUACCUUAUCUACGUGCAUCCAAAAGUGUUUAUUUUUUGUUUUGUUUGACUGUUGCUUAUGUUGCAGAAGCCAUUUCAGAUAUAUUCCUAUGUAACAUUUUUGCAUUGCAAAUAAACAUUUAUUUGUAUUAA